CAUUCUGUCAUUCCAAGUAUUUGCGGCUGCGUCGGAUCCACUGAUCGCGACGUGCUCUCUCAUGACGAGAAGAUGUUGCGGCGCAUCUACUGUGUUGCAAAUAUUGGCUGUGCUUAAACAUGUUUCUGAUGAGCAGCUAAAAGCAUAUGAGAUCUUAUAAAACAUGCGUGUUUGCCUAGAGUCCACUAGUAAUUAUUGUGUCUCUAGUAUUCCAAGUGUGUCAGACAGAUCUAACGCAAUGAAACAUCUGAAGCCUCUAAAAACCUAGAAACUACCUAGAAGAGAGACUUAGGGCUUUGCUUGUAAUCAUCUCACUACCUUGCAACUGAUUCUCUGGUAUAUUCGCCUCCCCUCUCGUUCUGUCACUUUAUAUAUACUUUCUUUAAGAGUCAAAGGAACACUUCAAACACGUCAUUUAAAUUGUUUACAUGAUAUUUUGUGUAUACCGCGCGCAUUAAGAUGCAGUGAGAGACCACACAUAACUGACUAUCAUAUGCACAAUGUAUCUUUUACUCUAACUCAUAACAGUGUCUUUGUUUGCGUUAUUAUACUAGGACUACUCUGUGUAGUAGGUAGAACAACCCCACAGGACGGUUGUUUCUGCAUUAUGUAUAUACAAUGUACAAAUCAUAUACGUUUUUAUAUAUGAUGAGGACCAACGCAAAUGAUCCGUACUCAUCUACAUCACGAACACCACAUCUCACCAGCGACUGACUUCCGAGCAUCUCGAUUUACUUGAAUAUGGGCCUCUUCAGGAAGACCGCCCCUAAGCCUCAAGUCGUCUACGACUUCGAGGAAUUCACUUAUAUCGACAACGUCGAAGCAAAGAAGGAGUGGCGCAAGACCACCCCCUGGAAGUCCGUGAUGAAACUCAUCAAGGAUUACGCUGAUAUCUUCAUCGACUUGGAUGGCGUAGAUGAAGAUGCAAACGACGAUGUAGAUGAGAAGGGGGAUACGCUCUCAAGCCAAGAUGUUUGCUCAGAGCCUGAAAGGGCAAGCAGCCUUCGCAGUCUCCAGCAAUCUUACCAAGAGGCACUCCGCGAUACUGCCAUGGAUGAGUUCCAAGGCAGUCAAAACGUGAAGUAUGUGAUCCUCUUUGAUGCUGAUGGCAAUGCUGAUGAUGAUUUCGUCCCCGUCGACCUUGACGAGAAGUAUCGCAAGGUCGACCAACCUAGAUCUCUCGAACUUGGUGAGUUCGAUGAAGGGAGUGAUCCCACAAUUUCCUCCCUGAAGCAGAUCGCUGGCCGACUGCACAAGCGUGUUCCUAGCCAGGUGGAGCAAAAGGGCAAGGAGUGUGACAAGCAGGCUGGCAAUGGGCGGAGGAAGUUCAAGAGUGACAGCUUCGACUUGGAGAUCCGGAUGACUGCCGUGGAUAUUGAAUUUCCCGAACAGUUCAUUACUCAACGUGGCUCUUCUGAUUCCCAGGAUGGUGGCCGUGAAGAUGAAGCAGGAACUUCUUCGCCGACUGUUGAGUUCGGUAUCACUGAGCUCAUGGAGCUCUGCGACCGUACUGGCUUUGACGAUGGCAAACGUGAUUCGUCAUUCUCAACGGAUGUUGAGAUACAAAAAGUUGCGAACGCAGCCCGUGAGAUACAAGUCUAUAUAGCCAACGCAGCAGAACGUCCACCUCUGGGUCCGCGAUCCAGCUCAGACGGUGACAUGAUUUGCACGGCUCAGAUAGAGCAGAAGUUUGUCCGCAAACGUCCUAAGCCAGCUGCUAAAUCGGGGUCGUCGAGAUUCGUCGAAGCCUUCGACGCUCCCGCAAAGGACCUCACAACUGUCCUCCGGUACAAAGACACCAAGCAGCUGCUAGAAGCUGUAAAAGAGUCUAAGCGCCGGAAAUCUUGGGAUGGCGCGUCCAGCAAGCCCGACUCCAUCCGACGUUAUGUCCGAAGCAAAGGGUAUGACAAGCUCGCGCCGAUUGAGGAGGAAGAUGUACAGUCACCUCCUUUGUCAGCACCCGCGGCGAUCUCAACCUUCAGUCAAGCAUCGCUUGCGUCGCCUGCUUCGUUGGACGGCUCGAUCGACUUCGAAGGUUGCCAGUGGGGCAAUGUCAUCCGGUUGGAGAGACGUCGUUCGGAUUUUCUGGAUGACGAGGUGGACUCUGUCGUCGAGUUGAAGACGCGUCGUCCUGACUUCCUCGACAGUGAAGACGACUAUGGCGAUGUCGUCGUUCCUAAGAGGUCGGUUUCUGCGCCGGGUCGAUUGGGUAAGCUGCGUCGCGUGUUCAGUUGGGGCAACCUGAAAAGGAAGCUGAGCAAGUAAAGCUACUGUCUCGACGAGCGGCGUGAGCAAAUGUUGGAGAGGAAGCACCGCAGUGCAUGUACGCUGGACGUGAUAGGCCUAUGUUCAGCUUAGUUUUAUAGGGAGGCGCUUUGAAUUUUGCGGAAUGAAUAUGGUGUUUAUUGAAGAAGUUUCUUGUACUUGUGUUGUGUUAGUGUGAACUGGUUGGCUUUGUCCGAUAACCAUAUUUUCGAGGAAUGGAAUAUAUGGUCCUUCAAUGAAGAGAUAGCAUUUGCCAAACCUCACGAUGAUACAACCAGGUAAGGUGAGUGGCAACGAGUUAUCGCGGCAAGCGCACCCCCAGUGGCCUGACGGAUAAGUCGACAGAUUCUGGACAAGAACAAUCAGCAGAUAACAUAAAUUCUCGUAUCCUGCUUUACUUCCUGAAAGAACAAAAAGACAAAAAUAAAAGUAUCGUAUCUCGGUUAAUUCCCCGUAUAGUCCAACGCAACAAUUAUUUCCAAUAGUACAACGCAUCGAGUGGCGGGUCACGUUGCCCGCCUCGCACGAUUGAUAACAUCUCGCCUUACAACAAUGCGUAAACAUAAGGCGUGACAUCGGCAAGGAAAGCUUGUUCCGUCCC